AUGCUUCUCAAAGGGCUCCUUUUCUACACGGCUGGGCUGCCAGUGGCAAUCGCAUCACCUACCUUUAAUGUUACUGCCCAUGCCGAUCUUGCUCAACAUCCGACGUGGGAGAGGCAGCAUCCAUGCGCUCAUGCCCUUCUCCAGGACCUCUUCUAUGUGCUGGGCUCGCGUCAAGGUCUCGUUGCGCAUCGCCUGUGUACGGUGGGCAUGUUGCAACAGGCAUCAGAAAGACUUCUGGAGAAGUCGACGAACCUGCCCCAAGCCCUCCGGGGCUGCGACCCCAACGACAACCACCAUCAGAAAGCUGAAGCACUGCUCGGAGAGUUCUGCGCGAGACACGAAGCCCGACUUCUCGAUACGGAUCGCAGCGACCAACAGAUCAUUGGCGGACAUACCACAGACGCCAACAAUGAACCGAAUCAACCUUCUUCUUGGGCCCUGGGCCACAUCGCCAUCUGA